AUGGUAAUGGUGGUGGAGAUUUCGCAGAAUGGUGCAAGUGGAGAUGGGUUUCAGAUGAAGUUUUGUGGAGGUGGGUUUCAACUGGUGGUGGAGGGGAUUUCUGAUGGAGGAGAUUUCGCCUUGGAUUGGUGGAGUUGGAUGCAGAUUCUGCUGGAUGUGGGUUGGUUACAAAAUCAAGCAUGCAUUCUGCUUUCAGAAAGUAUGCCUUCUGCUUCAUUCAUUACGAAACUUGUUUUAUUCACAUCCAAUGGUGGAGCCAAGGCCAUCACCAUCAAGGAAAACAAGGUGUACACAAAGCAAAUGGUGGAAGAUAAAGGCGAUGAAGAGGAGGAGGAGGAAGAAGAAGAAGAAGUAGGAGGAGAAGAAGAAGAGCCUUGCGAGGUUCAUGCGAAGAAAAAAAUGUAUCUUGUUGGUGGGUCUGGUGAGCAAGUGUCUAGUGCUGGUGGUGGUGGGGGAUGGGUGGCGCGACCUUGCUGUCAAGUGGAAAAGUGCACCAUCGAUUUGAACGAUGAAACAUUACCACCGACGCCAUAA